GGAAGGCAUGCAGCCUUGUUGUAACUUGUGUCAUGUCUUAUAAAACCCACUUCAGGACUGAGAGCUGGUCUGUACACAUCACAGCAGCUUCAGAAGGAGUCUUGUUGAGGGAUUGACUGCACAGAAACGUAUAUUAAGAAGAACCACAAGAAGCUGGUAAUCCCGGAGAGGCAACAAUGAAGAUUGCUGGGGUAUUCGUUUUCAUUUCUGUACUUCAAGUGACACUUUCAGCAAGAGACUCAUUGGUGAAACUCAAAGAUAAUGGAUAUGAGGACAUUAUUAUCGCAAUACACCCAAAGAUUCCUGAAAACGGAAUGUUAAUUGAAAGAAUAAAGAAAAUGGUGACAGAUGCUUCUACCUACAUGCUCCAGGCUACAGAAAACAGAGUUUUUAUUAAAAGUGCAAAAAUUUUAAUUCCCAACACCUGGUCAAGCAACAGCACAUUUGGAAGGCCAAAAGCAGAGUCCUAUGAUAAGGCUGAUGUUAUCAUAGCUGAUCCUUUAAUUGACAGAGAUUUCCCGUACACUUUGCAAUAUGGUGGCUGUGGGGAAAAGGGAAAAUACAUACAUCUGACACCUAAUUUCAUGUUAAAUGACAAAUUGCUGAGCAUAUAUGGACAAAGAGGACGAUUGUUUGUCCAUGAAUGGGCUCACCUGAGAUGGGGAGUUUUUGAUGAAUAUAACUAUGAGAUUCCCUUCUACCACAGCAAUCUGGGCAAAGUGGAGGCAACCAGAUGUCCCCUGAGCAUGAGUGGUUUAAAUAAGAUUGAUGAAUACAACCCUUUAGAAAACAAAUUUGUAAAAUUAGACUGUAAAACUGAUAAUGUCACUGGCCUCUAUGAGGAGGACUGUCAGUUUUAUCCAAAUUUGGACCCGAAUGUGCAUGAAUCUAUUAUGUAUGGACAAGCACUGGAUCCUGUGCAUGCAUUCUGCAACGAGAACUCCCAUAACAAAGAAGCUCCAAACUCACAGAACAGAUUAUGCAGCCAGCAGAGCACAUGGGAAGUGAUUAAGAAGUCUCCCGACAUAUCACAGAGUGCUCCUCUACCUGACUCCAACAUUUCUCCACCUACUUUCAGCCUGUUGCAGUAUAAAGACAGAGUGGUCACCUUGGUUCUUGAUGUUUCGGGAAGCAUGAAUCAGCUUGAACGAAUCUCCCGCUUGUACCAAGCCUCUGAAGUUUACAUCAUGCAAAUUGUUGAAUCUGGAUCGAGCGUUGGAAUUGUCACUUUCUCCACUGAUGCAAAAAUUAUGACCCCACUAGUCAAGAUUGUUGACACCUUUCAGCGUGAAAAGCUUAAAAAGUUUCUGCCACAGGCAGCUACUGGUGGUACAAACAUAUGUGCUGGAGUUCGCACAGGAUUUGAGGUCAACAAAGCUAUUGAUGGAAACACAUAUGGCACAGAAAUUGUAUUGUUAACAGAUGGAGAGGACGGUGGUAUUAGCAACUGUUUUGGUGAAGUAAAGAACAGUGGAGCGAUUAUUCACACUGUCGCUCUAGGAAACAGUGCUGAUAAAGCAUUGGAAGAGUUAUCAAGCAUGACAGGUGGUUUACAACUUUAUGCAUCAGAUCAGGUUGAUGCAAAUGGUUUGAUUGACUCCUUUAGUCUGAUCAAAUCCAGCAGUGGAGAUGACAUACAACAGUCUGUUCAGAUUGAGAGCACUGCAUCAAUAAUACAACAAAAUAAAUGUCUGACUGGCAAAGUUACCAUCGACAAUACCAUAGGGAAUGACACUUUCUUUUUGGUGACAUGGACCAGUGCAAUUCCAACUAUCAAGCUAACAGAUCCAAAAGGGAAAGCCUAUAUAAAUGACCAGUUUGUGAGUGAUCCGCUCUCAAAGUCGGCUCGUCUAAUGAUCCCAGGCACUGCAGAGAGAGGUGCUUGGGAAUACAGUUUAUGUAAUGCGCAUACAGCAGACCAAAUUCUUGGAUUAACAGUGAAUUCCAGAGCAGCCAAUCCAGACGUGCCACCGAUUGUUGCUGAUGCGUACAUGAGUAGUGACACAAGCCGAUAUCCCAGUCCACUGAUUGUGUAUGCGACUGUAAUCCAGGGGUUUACGCCAGUUAUAGGAGUAAAAGUCACUGCUUUUAUUGAAGCACAGAAUGGAAAGGUUAUAACACUGCCGCUUUUGGACAAUGGUGCAGGUGCGGAUAUUAUCAAGAAUGAUGGAAUUUAUUCCAGAUACUUCACCGAAUACCAAGGAAAUGGCAGACACAACUUGAAAGUGCGUGUUGAGAAUCAAGACAAAGAUGUAAAGGUUGCCAUACCAAACAGUCGAGCACUAUACCUACCUGGUUAUGUUCAAAAUGGUACUAUAAUCAGCAACCCACCAAAGCCAAAACCUACCUCUGAAAUUCCAAAUUUUGGAAGUUUUAUCCGAACAUCUUCAGGAGGUGCCUUUAUCAUAUCAGAUGUACCAGAAACUAAAGCGGAUGUCUUUAAGCCUAGUAAAAUCACUGACUUGGUGGCAGUUAUUGAAGGCCAGAAAGUCAUGUUGUUUUGGACAGCAACUGGUGAUGACCUGGAUCAGGGAAAUGCUUCAAGUUAUGAUUUACGAAUGGCUUUCAACAGUCAGGUGUUAAUAGACAACUUUGAAAAUGGCACAGCUAUCAAUAUCUCCAGUCUUACACCACUGCCAGCCGGCUCCAGAGAACAGUUCAGCUUUACUCCAGAAAAUAUUACUAUUCAAAAUGGGACAGUCUUUUAUUUUAUAUUGGUCGCUAUAGACAAGAGCAAUCAGAAGUCAGAACCAUCUAACUUGGUACGGGCAGCAUUGUUCUUGCCACCACCACCACCUCCAACACCAAAAACAGGCAAUUCAGGCAAUGGCAUAUCAAGAACAAUGAGCACACUGCUUUUCACUCUUAUUGCCACAUUAACUGCUUCCUAUAUUUGAGAGACUUAUGGACAGUUGAAACAAGGAUUUGGAAAAUGUUUAUUGCUACUUAAAGUCUAUUAAGUUGCAUACUGCGAAAAAUUGUGUGUGUAUGUGUAUGUGUAUGUGUGUGUAUAUAUAUAUAUAUAUAUAUAUAUAUAUAUAUAUAUAUAUAAGAAAAUACCGGCUCUCUGGAAUGGAUUGCUGCUCUACUCCUCCAUGCAAAAAGAAACAGGCGGCACUCCACGAAUUUUGAAAACAUGUAAAGCGUGUAUUCAAAGCAUUCAAAUAUAUAGUGCAGACAUAGUUACGGGUGUCUUGUAGCAGUGGAGGAAGGCACCCCGGUGGUUGAUAUCAGGACAGUGAGUGCCAUUAUAAUAUAUGGAGAUAUAUAUAUAUAUAUAUAUAUAUAUAUAUAUAUAUAUAUAUAUAUAUAUAUA